AUGCUCGCCGUGGUCAUCGGUUCCGCUCUUCUCGUAUCAUGGAUCAUUGCAUCAAUCCAUGGCAAUAACAAUUCCGGCUUAAAAGACAUCCCCAAUGCUCAUUUCUCUGCCCCCUAUUCACGCCGGUGGUGGCUGUCGAUCCGAUGGCGAAAAAUGGAAAAUCGUAGCCUAAUUCGUCUCCAUCGUCGCCUCGGUCCAGUCGUUCGGAUUGGACCGCGUGAUGUGAGUGUGAAUUGCAUCGAUGACGGGGUUCGCACAAUCUACAGCGCCAAGUUCGACAAAGAUGCGUCCUUCUACCAUGCAUUGGCUGACCAGACCGGUUUUAUGGUUACUAUGAUAGGUAACGACGAGCACAAGAGGCGUAGACGGAUGCUUGCCCACCCUUAUUCCAAUUCGUACAUUCUCAACUCUCAGACGCUCGACAGGACCCUCUCUCGCGUCUCAUGUCGCCUCAGAGAAGGAAUGGCAGCAUGGGCAAGCACGGGCACCUCUGUUGACGUCUACCAGCAGGCUAAAUGCUGCCUGCUCGACGUUAUCUCGGGCUUCCUCUUUGGUAGCGAGAACGCAACUGAUACUCUACGAGACCCGAGCUUUCAGGACGACCUCACAGCGCUAGCCAAAGCUGCUGGCAAAAACCUUCACGUGAAAACCAGCCUCGCCUGGCCGAUGAACUAUUUUGCAAGCUUGGUUGGCGGCAACGUGCCGCCCGACCCCGAUUCCAGGAGUCGAUGGGAAGCGUGGCUGACACGAGUUAUCACAGACUCGUACAGGAAGCAUCCCACCAAGCAUUCUUCCACUGCGAGCCUCUACGACCAUUUUUACGAUUCGUUUAAGAUUGCCGAUCCCGACAUGCCGCUUAACGACAUGGCUUCUUUCAUUGCUGUCGAGUGCGACGACCAUGUUUCGGCGAGCCACAUGGGCCUCGGAUCGCUAUUGUCGUAUACCAUGUACGAGCUAUCACGAGCUCCGGACUGGCAGCGCGCGCUCCGGAAAGAGCUCCUCACUCUAGGCGAACCUAGCAACCAAAGCUUGGCCCAUCGCCUUGCAGAUUUACCAGUGCUUGACGCCGUCGUGACCGAGACCAUGCGAACCCGUGCACCCUGUCCUGGCCCCUUUCCUCGUGUCGUUCCAGAGUCUGGCUGUCAGCUCGUGGGCAAGUUCGAUAUCCCCGGCGGCACCAUCGUCAGCUCCUCUGCCUGGGCCCUCCAUUUUAAUCCCAUCCCUUUUCCGUCUCCGGAAGAAUGGCGACCGGGAAGGUGGCUUGAAGCAGACAAGAACACGCUCGCCGAGAUGCGGAAGUGGAUUUGGACAUUUGGAAGCGGCGCGCGAGUGUGCAUUGGCACUCAUUUCUCCAUGCGUGUCAUGAAAGAGCUUCUUAUCACCAUAUAUACAGAUUAUGAGACUUUCCUGGAUGAGGAAUUUACAGGAAACGUGGAGCAGGAGGAUAUCUUCUCAUCGUCGCCUCUUGCGGGUUGUAUUAAGCUGAAAUUUCGCCGGCUCACAUAGUCCGACGUCUAUGUAUAUCCAUGCAUGCUUCACGACAGCUGAUUCCUCUGACAGGUCAAUAUUACUCCUGUGUUCCAAAGCAGAGUGAUAAAGCACUUCAGGCGCGUUGUAUGAAAUUCGGCAAGGGAAAAAUUUCACUGACACAUUCAUUGAAAGUUGGAUAAUUUCUGUAAUUGAAUGCAAGUUCCCACAAUCUAUGGUUCAAGAUUUAAUUCUGUGCCUGAACCAACUGGGUUAAAUUCGACAUGUUGUUCAGACCAACACUUGGGUUCUGCGCGCUAUGUACCUAGUAGGGUAAAGUAAUAUCCUGUAUUUCAAGUCGAGCCACUGUCCGGGUAGUUUCACAAUUUAUCAAGUACUCCAUGUUC